CUCUUUCCGAACAAAACAAUAUCCUGAUUUUAUCAUAUCAUAUAGUGAAAAAACUCGCACUUACGUAUAAAGGAUGUGGUUAGUAUAAUUCACAUUAUUCAAACAAGGUUUCAAUGGCUGGUCCACUUUCGAAUGACAGCCAUGUCUACAAGCGCCUAUACGGCUCUGAUGUCAAGUAAACGCAAGGUGAGUUAAUAUUAAUACAAUUACUUGUGUUAUUGUUUAUUUACCAUUACAUGGAAGCAUUAAGACGAUUUCGUCUUCAUAUACAUUGUUUUUUUCAGCAAUUUGAGUUGUUUUUACAGGACGAAUACCUUAAAUAUUAUUGAAGCUAGCAAAGUUGGUUGAUUUCUACUGUUCUUGCUUAAACUGUACCGUGGGAUAUAAAUAACUAUAUUCCGACUACCAGGUGUCAAAUAUAUUACUACUAAGACAUACGAUAUUGGUCUUCACAAACUUCGUAUUAAUUGAAUGGGUGAAAAAUUGUUUAUGCGUGGCUCGUUAAUUCUAAAUAUUUAGCAUCAUCGCUACCGGACUUUUUCCUACCUAUGCCGUUCGGAAAGACGACCGUUUUUAAGUUGUUGCACAAUUAUUUUCAGUCAAAUAAGUCAACGGGAGUGUGCCAACUUUGAGGGGCGUGGUGUUAGUGCAUAAACUUCAUCUGACACACUAUGUGCUUCUGUUGAUCGCAUAAUCAACAUGAGCCUAGGGAAACGGAUCGUUCUAGUCUUUUAGUAACUUCGUUUGGUGACAUAAAGGUGGCAAAAGUUAAGAUCACUCCUAAGUCUUCCAUACCAGGAUGAUAGGCCUGUUCUCAACAUCCCAGUUCCUUGAGUUCUGUAUCUCAGUUGGUAAGCUGUCUCUGACUCGUUUCUCCUUGUAGUCCAUUUCCGUCUAAUUAGUCUUGUUUUGACCAGAGUAGCUUUUUCAUCCAGGUUGGUGUUCACAACCGAAAAUGUUACUUAUGUAGAGAUAUUUAAGGGAUAAGUUAUAUACCGUAACAUAUUGAUGGCAUUCACUUAUGCGUUUUUAGAGUUUAAAAGAGGUUUAAUAAUUACACAAAACGGUUUCACUCAUAUGAUGGUUCCAAAGUAGUUUCAGGGUCUUAAGAUAUCGGGUUAAAUGUAUAUGGACAGUGAAUAAAGUGAUAAAUACAAGGCGUAACAUGGUUUGUUGCCUGAUUGUUGUGAUCUUGCUACAAAGUAGAUAGUUGAUGUACUAAUUUCAAUAUUGUUAAGACUACUAUGACACACAUGGUAGAGAUUGUGACAAGUCUGUAUACUCGGUUUUGGUUCGUAUUGUGUUCAGGCUAAUUAUGCUUUUCGGUGGAGAGGAAUUCGGGUCUGUGUCUUAUAGGUUUACAAACUUGCUCCAGAUAGGUAUCAAAACAUUAGUGUAUGCUGUUUUUCAGCUUAUCAGUAUUACUUAACUAUCUCCAGAAAUACUCAGUUCCCGUAUUAGUUUCACUGUAUGUUAUACAAUUUAAACAAAAAAUCCCAAUGGAAUAGGUUCCUUACAUAAAGUCACUCAACUGGGAAUUAAUGAUGGGAUCGUAUAAUCACGUAUAAAGACUAUAUUUGGUGUGGAAGCAGGCUGGUAUCCUAGCUUCAUUUAGUUCUCCAUAAGAACUCUAGGAAUGGUAAAUACAGCUUAGUGUGCAUCAGGGCAGUUUGUCGAUGUAAUCUGUCUAGAGACUCAAUCGAAAAUUAUCAACUAGUACACUCCCUCUAGAUUCCGCUUUGUCACCUACAAGACAUUACUGUCUCAUGAGAAAUCAAUGAUAUGGGGCCCUAGGGCUAGUCCUUUUACAUAGCGAAUAUGUAAGAUAUAACCAGCCUAUCUUAAAGCCUUUAAGUUAUAAGGUCCAGAAAUAUAAAAAUACUUUAACAAUACUUACAAUUGAGUGCAUCAACUGCACAGUAUAACAAGGCUUAUAGGAUUGGGGAAAUCCUGUUUUUUUUCAUGAGCCGUAUUCUUUGUACUACUCACUUGAAUAACUUUAUAAAUCGACCUGUGUAACAGCGUGAUGAAGCUAAUGGAUUUAUAAUGAACGGAAAUGGUCAUGCUCCAAUGGAAACUGAUACUAACGAAAACAAAAAGUCAAGAAUUGAAUAUGUUGAAACUGUUCCAUCAAAAGUUGUUCAUAUUCGUAACAUGCCAGACGAUGCUACAGAACAUGAAAUCGCUCUUCUCGGCAUCCCGUUCGGUUUGCUAGAAAACAUGGUGCUUUCUAAAAAAGCUAACCAGGCUCUGUUGGAAAUGCAAUGCCUAGAGAGUGCGAUCAUGAUGGUUUCGUACUAUCGCGAAUACCAAGUUACGCUAAGAGGACGCACUCUGGUCAUGCAGUAUUCUAAACACCAACAUCUCGAAUUACAUUCGGAAAACAGUAGCAUAGGCAAUGCAAUUCAGAACGCAAAUUGCAUCGUUCAACAGGAUCUCAGCGGCGCUAAUUCUGGGAUGCCUACUACAGUUCUGCGUGUUGUUGUUGAUAACAUAAUGGGACAGCAGAUCAACCAUACUAUUCUACACAAGAUAUUUUACCGAUAUGGAAAAAUACUAAGGAUUGUUACCUAUCUGAAAAACAACCAGUAUCAUGGACUAGUCGAGUUUGGUAAUCAUAUUCAUGCAUUUGUUGCAAUGCUACAUUUAAACGGCCAAAACAUAUACACUGGAUGCUGUUCCCUGCGUGUGCAAUUUUCGAAAAAUCGUGGUCCAUUGGAAGUUCGUCAAGAGAGUGAUAAAUGCAGAGAUUAUCUCAAUAAUCCACUAACUGAGGAGGAGUUAAUGUCUCUUCGAAGACCCACAGCUGGGAGUGAAAGACAUCAUAGCAACAAUCCUGGUCAUGUUUCUUCAAAUUUCCAAAAUUCCGUCGUACCGAAUAUGGCACACCAAGGUAUCCAUCUCCCGGUUGGGAUGAUUGCACCUCCAAAUACGAGCAAUAUGGGGAUUAACGAACUGACUGCUCAGUUAGCAGCACUAGCUCAGCAGUCAGGUUUGGCUCUUACUCCUGCAGCAGUAGCUGCCACUGCAAGUUUCAUGGCUCUUACAUCACAAAAUAGCGGUCCAGGUUCUCAGUCUAUGUCAGGAACUCCUAAUCUGUCCACUAUACUAGCAGCACUUCAGGGUGGUGCUGUUCAAACUGGGGUGCUCCCCCAUAUGUCUGGCGGUAACACAAGUGUUAUGGGAUCUGUGCAGACACCUGUCUCUUCUCACGUGACGCCUGUUGGAGUUCGUCCCCCUCCUAAUAAUAAUGGAAGCACAGUCCUGAUUGUAUCAAAUCUGAAUGAAGAUAGGGUUUAUCCGGAUGCUCUUUUUACACUUUUUGGUGUAUAUGGAGAUGUCACUCGCGUGAAAAUUAUGUUCAAUAAGAAAGACACAGCCCUGAUUCAAUUUACCGAUCCUCACCAGGCUCUUACAGCUUUACAGUUUCUGAAUGGCCAGCGCCUCUGGGACAAACCGAUGAAAAUUGCAGUGUCUCGACAUAAUAUUGUUCAGCUACCGAAAGAGGAUACUGAAAAUGGUUUGACCAAAGAUUAUACUAACAGUCUGUUGCAUCGUUUUCGAAAGCCCAAUUCAAAAAAUUUUCAAAAUAUUUACCCUCCAAGUCACGUUCUUCAUUUGAGUAACAUCCCUCCUUCGGUAACUGAAAACGAUAUACGUGUGUUAUUUGCAACUAAAGGAUUUGAAGUUACUGGGUUUCGGUUUAUGAAGGAUAACAAAAUGGCACUCGUGCAGUUGGAAACAGUUGAUCUGGCUAUUCAGUCUCUUAUCGAAUUGCACAACAGCCAGUUGACAGAAAAUUCUCACUUACGGAUCAGCUUUAGUAAAUCGGCUGUUUGAAAUAUGUUGUUUUUCCUACCAUAUUGCAUGUAAUGCUGAUAGCUGUCUGUCAGGAAAUAAUCUUGCAUACUAUCCGUGCUCUCCCAGCCUACCUUUAUUCGAAGGUUUGAUUUUAUCUUCUCAAUUUUCAUAUUGGCGUUAUCAUGUUGAUAGUCAUCAAAAAAUGUAUUUAACGGUAUCAUAUUUUUGUUUUUUUGCUUUUUAAGUGGGAAUUAAAAAAAUGCGCUUGAAAUCAUGUAACAGUUGUGUCUCCAAAUAAUACUAAUAAUACUUUUUUCAGACAAUGAUAUUGCUUAGAGUAAAAGUUACUGUGAGUGCCACUUCUCCCAUAUUGUUCUUUGAAUCUUUGUUUUACGUACUUCGCAAUGCGGUUUACUCCGUUUCAUCAUUGUCCAUAUUUGUGUCGAAUAUUAUGACAGCUUGUUUUGACACUAGAAUGUUUGUCGAUUUCUAUCAAAUACACUAUGGUUAAAGGUCUAUACUUCAUUAAGGGAAUACUUCAGGCUCCUGUCGAUUCAGUUGUUAGUAGUACUGUUUUCGAUUUGUUGAUAUACGAUUAACGCACCAAUUGUUCUUGCCGAAUAGUAAACUUUUUAGUUGCUUGGGAUUAGAUAGAACAUGGUCAUAGUUUGAGAGAAAUGUGACCAAUACUGCAUUACUGUCCUUUACGGUUGACCUUCACUGGACCAACGCAUUCUCUAGGUGUUUCAGCCUAAAAAGUAAGUUACGCAAACAUAUUGUGAUCGAAUGCGUUUAGUCACAUUAUUGACUUUCCAAUUGUUGGUGCGUUCAUUAAGUUCAACACCUUUCUGAUUGUAAUUCUUACUUGCGUUGCUGAGAAUAUAUGGACCUCAGUGCGUUUUUUAAAAAAAUUGACUGUCUCUUAGUAUUCUUCAUGUAAAAUAAAUCCCAAAAAAGGAGUCAAUCAUUUGCAACAUAG